UGCCAAUUGAAAUCAAGAUUGCUUUGAACAUGUUAAUGGUUAAGAACAAAUGUAUUGAUUAAUUAUUGGCUUACUUAUGCAUGUAAGCAGUAACGAGCAAAGUUGGGGAUACCAUCAUUUGUUUAACUUAUUAUAUAAUUCCAAAUCUGACAGCUUUUACUAACUUGAAACAUUCUUAUAUUUCUCUGUUAGAAAUCUAUAUUGUUCUAUCUUCAUUAAUAAUGUAAUUCAGCCUCCUUAUUUUUUUAAAUUAGACCUUCUCAAAGAGUUCUCAGUAAUUCACAGAUGUCUGCGGCUUCUUGAAACAGGGCCCCAAAAUAUAAAAUGCACUUAUUAACACAUCCUUCCCAUAAGAUGUAUUAUCUUUCUAACUUUAGUAGAGCUGACACAUUUUUUUUAUAGAUUUUCUCAACUCAAAUAAUUUAAUGCUGUCAGCAACGCCUCAACUGGUCUCUUCUUUUUAUUUAUUUUAAAGAAACACACCAAUUAUGCUUUCAUUUUCAGAAUCAGACGCAUGCAUAACAUAUUGUGAAAGCGUUCUAUUUAGUUACACGUAUUGAUACUGGAACACGGCGUCCUUUAGACCACACUCAGUUCUGCAUGUGGCCUGUGGAGGGCAGCAGAACACAGUCUGCGCGUCCAGGCUGCAGCGAUCCUCUCCACAGAAGCUGCAGCAGCGGCAGCAGCAGCAGCAGCAGCAGCUCGGGUCUCGGUCGCUGCGUCUCUCCUGCCCGUCGCAUCCAGACCAGUUUCCCCACAUUGCGAUGUUCACCCCGCCGAGCUCCACUUUCUCGUUAGACGCGCCGGAGCUGCAAUGAAGGCAGGGGCCUCGUCCAUGUGGGCUUCAUGCUGUGGUCUGCUGAAUGAGGUCAUGGGUACCGGGGCCGUCAGAGGCCAGCAGCCGGGGUUUGGGGCCGGAGCUGGACCCUUCAGAUUCGCCCCCAGUGCGGGGUACUCCACAUACCCGCCCAGCAGCUCCGGGACGCCCGGUCUAGUAUGCAAGGGCUGUGGUCAGGCUUUCUCCGUAUUCAAGAGGAAAUAUGUUUGCCGCGACUGCAAGAAGAGCUUCUGCUCUCUGUGCUCCGUCUUCCAGGAGAAUCUGCGCAGUUGUGCAACAUGUCAUUUGCUGAAAGCAACAGCCUUCCAGCGCCCGCUGCUCAUGCGCCUGCGAGUCAGGGACUUGCGUCAGUACUUGCUGCUUCGUAACAUCCCCACCGACACCUGCAGGGAGAAAGAAGACUUGGUGGACUUGGUGCUCUGUCAACAAGGCAUUGAGGAAGAGGAGGGUCUUUCUACCACGCAGUCGGCCUCAGAGCUGUCUGCAUUUGUCGCCUCUCAGGAAGAGCAGCUCAGCAGGAGCGAUAGCUCGGAUACCAAUCAGGAUAUAGGUGAUGCCACAUCUGUGUCUCUCCUCAACUUGGACGCAAGUGAACACACUCUUGAGGUCAGUCCUCAGACGCGAUGUCGGGCCAGAGCGUCUCUCUCGGACAUUUCCAGCUUGAGGGACAUCGAGGGCCUGUCUGUGAGGCAGCUGAAGGAAAUCCUCGCCAGGAACUUUGUCAACUACUCAGGGUGCUGUGAGAAGUGGGAGCUGGUGGAGCGCGUCAACAGACUGUACAGGGAGACGGAGGAGAAUAGGAAGUCAUGUGUGUAUCAACAUUUGGAAAAUGUGAGCACUACUGUAACUGCAGUGGAGGCCCUUCCCCCUUCUAUCUGCAACGGGGCCAUCAGAGACGGUGAGAAGGGUCCGCUGAAGAUCCAAGACGACAACCUCUGCAGGAUCUGCAUGGACGCCACCAUCGACUGCGUCCUCCUGGAGUGCGGUCACAUGGUCACCUGCACCAAGUGCGGCAAGAGGAUGAACGAGUGCCCGAUCUGCAGGCAGUACGUUGUGAGGGCCGUGCACGUCUUCAAGUCCUAAUGCAUCAGUGGAACGCCGCAGAACCUGCCUCAGAGCAGCAGCUCCGACUGCAACCGCACCUUACAUCAGCCACACAGCUCAUUACCUUUGGAUCUCCAAAGAGACUUACUUUGUGGAUGCUCUGUGUUUAUAUUUCCUCGGCUCAUCAGUCAAUUCUCAAGUAAACAUAUCUUUGAUCCGGGUUCAUUCCAAGGUGUCUGUAAUGGGCAUAUAUAUAUAUAUAUAUAUUAUUCUUUUUCAAAGCAAAGAAUGUGUGGUGCUCAGCCACGUGCAGUCUUUUUAAACACAACGCGUCUCCCUCAUAUCCGCCUAGGAACUGUAGCUUAACAGCAUCUCUCUUUACAACCAUCACUGCAAAGUGACUACAUAUCAAGGACAGGCGCAUAGCAGAACCUAGCAACAAAUAGCAAACCUCAGCACACAGGAGAAGAACAUGAUGCCAAAUAACGGGUAAUCAUGCCUUUAUGCUUCUCACCCCUUCCGACUGUGGCACAUUUUAGCAGAAGUCCCUUUCUUGGCACUGCAUGUUCAUGCACCACUGCUCACUACCCACUGCAAACUUUGGGCAGUAAUGGUGGCUUUGUACUCCUAAUUGAAUGCUCUGAAUAGGCCGUGUAGGAAGUGAAUUAGAAAUCACUGAGCUUUUCUUCCUUCCAAGUGGAACUUGCUUCUGUGAGCAGCUGGUUUGCGUUUGCAACUCAAGCGUAUCACUGCUUUAUGAUGAAGUCAUUGCAUUAUUAAUUAGUAUCACUUAUUUGUUAUAUAAGCGCAUUGUCAUGCAUUACACAUUGAAAUGGUCAUAAGUGUCAUUACAGCAAUAGCUAAUCUCUGUUGUCACCUCUGUCUCAGCACUUGAGAUAAGAGACAAAACGGUGCUAACUCAUACCUUUUCCCUGUUUUCCGGCUGAACCGUGGAUGUGAAACUGAAUGUUUAUAUAUAUAUAUAUUUUGUUGUAUAUUGAUGGGAGUGGAAUGAAGUGACUUAAUGCUUUGUAGUUGUUUUCUCUUAUGUAGGGAUAAUGUGUUGAACUACCUAUUCAAAGAUAUAACUGAGUUUACUGACACCUGUGGUAUAGAAGGAAUAUAAAAUUAGGACUUGCUAAUGUAUAUUUGCAUAUAAUGAUCCACAUGAUAUAUAUAUAUAUAUUUCCCUUUGAUUUAAAUUGUGUUAUAUCAGAUUAUUAAAAUGUCCCCAUGGCUAUGCUGGUAUUACACUUAGUUAUGUUUUUCUAACAAAUGUAUGGUCAUUGGUUUGCUAGAGCUGUUCCUUAUGAUCCAGAGCAUGAACAGACCCCCGUCCUCUUCAACUACACAACUCAAUCUGCCUAAUCCUGUUCAUUUGGUAUCCAGCUCUCUACUGCACCCACACAACGUUGCUGCUAUUAAAGACUCCUACAAUCAUGAAGGUAGCAGAGCAGUUUGCACUUUUCUUUAGAAAGGGCAUUAAAGUUUGGUCUUUGCAUUUGGGAAUGUUGAACUUUUUAUUUUGGUAAUUAAAGAUUUUAAUUAAU